AUGAAGCACCUGCAGAAACUCCUGCUCUCUCUCCUGCUGGUGACGUGCCCCCCAGCCAAAGCCAAUUAUUCCUGGAAUCGGAUGGAGGGAGGACGUGAAGCCAAGUUCCACUCCACACCCUACGUGGCCUAUCUGCAAGGGAAGAACAACCAAUUCUGCGGAGGCUUCCUAGUGGCCCCGAACUGGGUGAUGACAGCGGCUCAGUGCUUCGCACACAAACCUCUGACUGUCAUCCUUGGAGCCCACUCAAUCCAGAGGAGAGAGGAAAGCUGGCAAACGUUCGAAGUCCAAGAGUAUCACUGCCACCCAGACUUCAUGAACCCUAAGAAGGGAAAUGACAUCCUCUUGCUGAAGCUGAAAGGCAAUGCCACCAGCAACAGCUAUGUUAGGACCAUUUCCUUUGAAAAAUCAAAAGUCCCUGGUGGGACUGCGUGCAGCAUAGCCGGCUGGGGCUACAAAACACCCCCUGCCACGUUACGCGAAGCCACCGUCACCAUCAUCAAACAAAGGGACUGCCUCAACCACUACCCUGGACUUGCUGACAACUUGAUUUGUGGCCACAGUGGAUCUGCUGGGGUACCUGAAAAGGGCGAUGCCGGGGAUCCACUCGUCUGCAACAACAAAGCCUACGGCAUCUUCUCCUACAGGCAUAACAACUGGCCGGGUUUCUACACACACAUCGCUCCUUACAUUCCCUGGGUCAACAGUGUCAUGAAGUCAGCAUGA